AUGAUAGAGCACGAGGCCGAGCACGUCGACCAUGGCAGCCGCAGCGUCGACCAGCCGCGGCCGGCGAUGAAGCAGACCGGCAUGGCCGGCUUCCUCGUCAAGACCGCGGAAGGCAAUGACGCCAGCACACCGGUCGCGCCCGCGAGCCCCGUCGCGACGCACCGUUCCAACUCGCUGAGCUCCAUCUUGAACGACGAUGACGAUGAGCCGCCAAAGGUCGACGUCUCGGACCCCAAGUUCACGCCGCAUGUGACCGACCUCGCGUUCAUCGCGCAGCUCAAGGUCGGGUCCAAGCUCGACGCCAAGUGCCAGAAAGACUUCCACUGGUACGCCGCCGACGUUGUCGCCAAGAAGCCCGAUUACAUCAAGGUACACUUCUAUGGGUACGGCCACAAGUGCGACCGGAUCUACUACGACGACAGCUACGACUGCCUCGCGCCCGCCGACAUGUACACGCGCGACGCCAAGCCCGCCGCCAAUAAGUCCCGCGUGGCCCCGUCCGCAGAGUUUCUGCUGUUCGAGGCGACCGGCAAGCCGCUGCCAAAGCCAAAGCCCGCCAUCACGCGACCACGGACGGCGUCCAAGCCCAAGAAUCCGCAGCCCAGGAAGAAGUCGGUGCUCAGCAUCGCUGACCUCGAGCGCAUUGCCGACAUGCGGCCGCGUAUGAAGCGCGCAGCAAAGGGCGACGAGGUCGAGCCGCCUCCGCCGCGCGAUGUCUUGAGCGACCAAGAGGACGAGGAUGAGGACGACGAGCCGGCGCCCAAGAAGACCAAGGUUGCCUCCAAGAAGCCUGUGGUUCCCGCGUGGCUUACAACCGGGCGCUCGGAGGAGGAGCUUCGGGACGCUGUGUUUUCGGCAGCAACUCGACGCGCGGCCGACGAGCUCGCCCACCCUCAGCCAAUGACGCACAUGAUGGACAAAGAGAUUUGCGCCAGCUGCGUCCAGGUCGACGACGAGCAGCUGAGCGACCUCGUGUACUGCGACGGGCCGUGCUGCCGUGUCUUCCACCAGUGCUGCCUCGGCCUCGACGACACUGACGUGCAGUCGACCGAGCCGUUCUUCUGCGACGACUGCAAGAGCGGGCAGCACGACUGCUUUCUCUGCGGCGAGCCUGGCACGUACAAGCAGACGCUGCUGCGCUGCGACCUCCGAGGCUGCGGCCGGUUCUACCACUUUGAGUGCAUCGCCAAGGACCACCGCUUCGACGUCGACGAGCGCUCGUUCCACAUCAAGUGUCCGGCGCACCGCUGCUGGACGUGCGACGCGCGGCGGACCAAAGACGCGGACCUCAUGCAGUGCCUCAAGUGCCCGACCUCGUACCACCCGGGCUGCAUCCCGCCGAGCGCCCGCUACAACAACGUCGCGACCAUCUGCGGCAAGCAUGAGGCCCCGCUGCCGGAUGUCCCACCGCACUACAUGGGCGGCGACAUUGUGCAUCGCGACGGCAAGGUCCGGUUCCCAGACCUGUACCUCCCAAAGGACAAUCCGCUCUUUGACGACGCAAGCGCGCUCCUGCACUUCCGCCUCAGCCGCGUCAUCCUCGAGGAGCACAACUCGCAGCCGCCGCGGUACCAGAAGCUCAAGCGCAACCGGUACCUCUUCAAGCCGGGCAAGAACCCGGACCUCAACGACCUCCCGCGCUGCAUCUGCACGGAAGCGUGCGGUGACGACUGCAUCAACCGCGCCAUCUUUGUCGAGUGCGUCGGCGGCGGCCGCGACGGCAACGCCAAGAUGUUCAACUGCAACCUCGGCCCGGGCUGCGGCAACCGCGCGCUGCAGGAAUGCAAGAUCCCGUCGACGGCCGUCGUGCCGUGCGGCAGCAAGGGCUUUGGGCUCAAGACGCUCGUGCCCAUCAAGGGCGGCGACCUCGUGGUCGAGUACGUGGGCGAGGUCAUCAACGAGGAGAUGAAGACGAAGCGGCUCGGCGAGCUCCACGACAUCAACUGGUACAUCAUGGCGCUCGUGCCCGGGCGCAUGUACAUUGACGGCCGCUUCAAGGGCUCCGAGUCGCGCUUCAUCAACCACUCGUGCGACCCCAACUGCCACCUCCUCAUCUGGGACGUCGGCGAGCACAAGCGCAUCGCGAUCACGGCCCUCCGCGACAUUGAGCCGCACGAAGAGCUUUCGUACGACUACCAAAUGGAGACGACCGCCGCGUCGGCCUUUACGUGCUACUGCGGCGCAUCGACGUGCCGGGGCACCAUGGCGCCCGACGAUCUCAACAACUCGAAAGAAGACAAGGCAGCCAAGAAAGCCGCCAAGAAGCCGGCCAAGAAGACCAAGAAGCGCCGCGUGGCCAAGGCGCCAGAGCCCACGACGAGCGGCGAAGCCUCGGACGACACGGACGAAGCCGCCAUCAAGCGCGAGGACAUUGUCAAGGCCGAGACGGUGGGCGAGGAUGACCCGAUGGGCCGUGACGUUGAGACCGCGACCAAGCUCGAAGCGCCGAUGCUUGACGCAAUAUAG